AUGCAAUCCUGUAUAUGCCGCUCACUGUCGUUUUGGUCGUUUUUCUUUUUUUUGUUGUUACAAAAAAAGGGAGGUGGAAAGUCAGUGCCAAAUGCAUGGCAAUCCUUGGUCGAGCUUAUUUAUGAUUUCGUGCUGAACCUGGUAAACAAACAAAUAGGUGGUCUUUCCGAAAAUGUGAAACAAAAGUUUUUCCCUCACAUCUCGGUCACUUUUACUUUUUCGUUAUUUCGUAAUCCCCAGGGUAUGAUACCCUUUAGCUUCACAGUGACAAGUCAUUUUCUCAUUACUUUGGCUCUUUCAUUUUCUAUUUUUAUAGGCAUUACGAUCGUUGGAUUUCGAAGACAUGGGCUUCUUUUUUUUAGCUUCUUAUUACCUGCGGGAGUCCCACUGCCAUUAGCACCUUUCUUAGUACUCCUUGAGCUAAUCUCUUAUUGUUUUCGUGCAUUAAGCUUAGGAAUAUGUUUAUUUGCUAAUAUGAUGGCCGGUCAUAGUUUAGUAAAGAUUUUAAGUGGGUUUGCUUGGACUAUGCUAUUUCUGAAUAAUAUUUUCUAUUUCAUAGGAGAUCUUGGUCCCUUAUUUAUAGUUCUAGCAUUAACCGGUCUGGAAUUAGGUGUAGCUAUAUCACAAGCUCAUGUUUCUACGAUCUCAAUUUGUAUUUACUUGAAUGAUGCUACAAAUCUCCAUCAAAAUGAGUCAUUUCAUAAUUGAAUAAAAAUGAGGAGCCGAAGAUUCUAGGGGGCUACAGCU